AUGCUCAUGGUCCUGUCCGCCACGCUGCUCGCCGGUAAGAACCUGGCGCGUCCUCGCGCCUCGUCAACCCCAGCGGAAGAAGAACAGGGGGCAAAGGGAGCAGGGCGCGUUAGCCCAGUCACUACCGUUUCGGCGCAAACGAAUUUAAAUUUAGUGUUCUCGCGGCAGCAGCAGCAGCAGGAGGAGGAGGAGGAGGAGGAGGAGAGUUCUAGCGGGCAACCGAACGUGAUAUUUAUCUUGGUCGACGAUGUCGGCACGAACGACGUCGGGUACGAGAGCACGGAUCUGUGGCAGCUUACCCCUUUCAUGAACACUCUGGCCGCGGAAGGGGUUAUCCUCGACGACUACUAUUCGAACGAGAUCUGCACCCCCUCAAGAGCGUCGCUGAUGACCGGCAGAGAUUCAUUCCGCACCGGGAUGCAGUUUGGCGUUGUCGAAGAUUCUGCUGCGUGGGGCCUGCCCAUCGAUGAAGUUACCCUUGCCGAGAGGUUCCAGGCCGCCGGGUAUUCCACUCACAUGACCGGCAAAUGGCAUCUGGGUGUGUAUUCAAACGCGAACUACCCCUUUUCCAGGGGAUUCGACACUUUCUUGGGAUACACUGGCGGUGGCGAAGGCUACUAUACUCACAGAGAGUGUGUGACCCCUGAGUUUGAGGGAGGGCAGUAUACGUGCUACCAGGACUUCGGGUACGGCGACAAGGACGGUUACAUCAACUUCACCACCAACACCACCCGAAAGGGCCCCGAAAUGACGGGAAAGUACAGCACGACGGUCAUCACCGAUCGAGCCAUCGAGGUCGCUAGAGAGCACGUGGAAAAAUCUCCCUCCGACCCGCUAUUUCUAUACGUGGCGCACCAGGCGGUGCACGAACCGUUGGACUCUCCCCCGCCCGGCUCGUUCACUGACGAGGAAGUGGAGCUUCUGGAAGGGCUUGAUUACAGCCACCGCGAGCGCCGCGCUCUCGCCAGCAUCGUCUACUACCUCGACAAGGAGGUUCGCAGGCUUCACACAGCGCUCGAUGCCCUCGGAGUGCUCGACAACGCCGUCAUCGUGUUUGCGAGCGACAACGGUGCUUGCCCGUCCAAGGGGGGAUCCAACUACCCGUUGAGGGGCUUCAAACACACCACAUUCCAGGGGGGGGUCCGUGUACCCGGGUUCGUCUACUCCAAGUCGGCGGACUUGAUUCCGGAGGAGGCGAGGGGCACCAGGUACUCUGGGAUGAUGCACUCCAUGGACUGGACUCCGACAUUGGGCAGCGUUGUGCCGGGGCUUCCGCUGGAUGAGAUGGGAAAGGAGCUGAGCGGGUUCGACCAAUGGGACGCGAUCGUGGGCAGGAGAUCUGCAGAGGAAGGACCCGUGCGCACGGAGUUGGUAUUGGGGCGUACCAGCUACGACUUCGACUCCGACGCCGGGGAGAUGGUGAAAGAGCCACUUCCAAAGGGGGCGUUCAUCCACGACGGCUGGAAGCUGAUUCUGCGACAAAGCUGUGCCCUCUGGGAGACCACAAAGGGGGAUUACCCGAAUCCGAAGACGGCGGAGUGCGACUCAAACGACGCGUGCGACUCGUGCACCAACCAGUGCGACGGCGUAGUGUUCGACUUUUUGUUCCACAUCGAAACGGACCCUUUGGAGACGGAGAACCUGGCAGAAUCGAUGCCCGAGAAGUAUGCCGAAAUGGUGGAGAGAUUCGACGUGGCCACCAAGGACGAAGUAGUGCCCGGCUUUAAGCCGCAGGACCCGUCGGGGAUGGAGGCAUGGACAAAGUUCAACAACUGGGUGGUUGCCUGGCACUAGCAAAGCCGAGGAGACGUUUAAAUAUACGGACUGUGGGUGCUCACGCACACAUGUACUUGAAUUUGGGCAUGUUCGGGGGGAGUACCGGCGGUCUAAUUGCUGUUUACAUCACAGGGCCCCCGCGGGGGCGAACCCUGUUUUCGUUGGGGUACCCUUUAGCUUGAGCUAGAAUCCUCUCUUUGGAAUUCCCCAAGUCCGUGAUUGCACCAUACGGGUGUGUACGUACAGUACCACAUCUAGAGAGCACCUACUUGUAUCAUGCGUCGUGUUCUAGAGCAAUAUGCGUUAAGAUCUCUCCAGUGCAGCUAAACUGUGAUCCUAGGCCCGAAAGGAAAGGAAAACGACAAUGAGUUUUCUUUCGUUGGCCCUUUCUAGCUGAAAAGGGUACACCUAUUUUUGUGAUGGUAUUGGC